AUGUCGAAGCAGACUUACAAAGUGUGCUUCUGCUUCCGCCGCCGGUUCCGCAUGGCUGCGGCCGAGGCGCCGGCCGACAUCAAGGCCCUAUUUGAGCUGUACUCGGAUAACGGCGUAAUGGGUGUCGAUCAGCUGCAGCGCUUCCUCGUCGAGGUCCAGAAAGAGGAGAAUGCCACGGUUGCUGAUGCCCAGGAUAUCAUGAAUAGCCUCCACGAGUCGAGGCACCUCAACAUAUUUCAUCGCCAGGGACUCAAUAUGGAGGGAUUUUUUAAGUAUUUGUUUGGGGAAGUUAAUCCACCGCUUAAUCCCAAACUCGGGGUAAUGUUUCUCUAA